AUGAAUCUUGAAAAUGUGGAUUGUGAGGAGUUGGCAGAGUGGGUAAUGGCUCUUGAAGGUCAAGGGUUCUGGAAAAGGGAACCCGAGUUCGAGCCCCUACACUUAGAAGAAAGAACAAUAACACCUGUGAAACCAUCGAUAGAGGACCCACCACAAUUGGACCUGAAACCGCUUCCAUUGCAUCUCAGCAAUUGGGUCAGCCCUGUUCACUGUGGGCCGAAGAAGGAAGGAAUGUCGGUCGUACAAAAUGAGAAUAACGAGUUGAUCUCGACUUGUACUGUCACGAGAUGGCAGAUUUGCAUGGAUUAUCGGAAAUUGAAUACAGCUACCUGGAAGGACCAUUUUCCCUUGCCAUUCAUUGACCAAGUGCUGGACAGGUUGGCUGGGAAAUCUGACUUCUAUUUCUUGGAUGGAUAUUCGAGGUUAGCAUUUGAGGAGCUAAAGAAGAGAUUAGUGACUGCACCCAUCAUUGUUGCACCCAACUGGGAGCAACCGUUCAAGCUCACAACGCUAAGCGGUGCACAUCUCAAUUACACCGUGACGGAAAAGGAGAUGUUAGCUGUAGUUAUUGCAUUCGACAAAUUCAGGUCGUACUUGAUUGGUUCAAAAGUUAUUUUUUAUACUGACCAUGAAACAAUUAGGUACUUGAUAGCAAAGAAGGAGUCAAAGCCACGCUUGAUCCGCUGGAAAAGGGAUAGAGAGAACCAGGUAGCAGACCACCUCUCAAGGUUGGAAGGAGCUGAAAAGAAGGUAAAGGUUGAAGAUAUAACAGAGACAUUCCCGGAUGAACAGUUACUAGCAGUGACAAUGGAGGAGACACCAUGGUAUGAUGAUAUUGCUAAUUAUUUAGCAAGCGGUAUUAGGUGUAUCCCCGAGAAAGAUCAACCUUCUGUUUUGCAAGCUUGCCAUGCUAUACCAUAUGGUGGACAUUUUGGAGGGAUUCAGACAGCAGCUAAGGUGUUGGAAUCGGGUUUGUAUUGGACAACUCUGUUCAAGGAUGCCCAUGCUUGGGGCCAUUCGUCAGCUCGUAUGGUAACAAAUACAUAUUGGUGGCAGUUGACUAUGUCUCCAAAUGGGUUGAAGCUGUGGCUCCCAACCAAUGAUGCAAAGGGGGUGACAGGCUUUCUAAAGAAAAACAUCUUCACACGUUUUGGCAGCCCGGGAGCUAUGGUCAGUGAUGGUGGAACCCAUUUUUGCAAUAAAGCGUUCGCACGGUUGUUGGAAAAGUAUGGAGCUCGUCAUAAGGUGACCACCCCUUAUCACCCACAGUCAAGUGGGCAAGUUAAAGUGUCAAACCGGGAAAUCAAAAGUGUCCUAACCAAGACAUUGAAUACGACAAAGACUGAUUGGGCGAAGAAGCUGGAUGAUGCAUUAUGGGCGUACCGCACAUUAUUUAAAACUCCAAUUGGCACCGGUAGAGUCACUGGGUUACAUGAACUCGAGGAAUUCAGGUUCCAUGCAUUUGAGAAUGCAAGAUUGUACAAAGAAAGUAUGAAAAUGAUGCAUGAUAGGCAUAUUCUAGAUCGGAACAUCAAACCCGGAGAUCUAGUGUUGUUAUACAACCCGAGACUAAUAUUGUUUCCGGGUAAAUUGAAGUCCCGGUGGUCAGGACCCUUCAGAGUGGUGCAAGUGUUCUCAAGUGGAGCUGUAGAAAUUGAAUCCGAAGAUGGAACAAAUAAGUUCACAGUGAAUGGGCAAAGGUUGAAACAUUACCUUGGAAUGGUCGUAGAAAAGGGGGAUAUAGUGGUGAUAUCUUUGGAAGAGCCCCAAUAUAUUAGCGAAGAGUAA